GAUACAAAGAGUGAUGUUGAUUCCGGUUUGGGGAGGAAAUAAAGAAAUCGGCGGGAGGAGGGACUGAUAAGAAGAAACCGGUCGGAAGCGCGACGGAGGGAAUCCGAAGACAAGUCAAAUAGGUCGCCGGGGGAGUGGAGAUUGAAGUAGUCGUAGUCAGAGAGAAAGAGGUAAAGUAGGUAGGUAAAUAGGAAAAGAGCUGCGUCAACCCACGACCUCCGAAGCGAUGGUCGAGCAACAGGACACACAGGCAAUCAUGGAGGGAAAAGGACGAGUAAAAGAAGUGCGUUGCGGUCGCAGAGACAGGGUGAUGCUGACAGGCUGCAGGAUGAUGAAUGAGAAGAAAGGUGUGGGAGGGAGAGGCUGUGUGGUGGGUGUGGUGUCUUCUUUUUUUUUUUUCCACUUGCUUUCCCUUUUUUUUUUUUUACUUCCCUUUUUUUUUCGCCUCUGGGCGUGGAUGGAGGCAAGUAAGUUAAGUUACUUUUUUGGACUGAGCGUGUAUGGGGGAAACGGAGGGGGAGGAUUGGCGGGAUGUGGGUUUGGAGCAUGAAUGGCUGAUACCGUAAGGUAAGGUGUGACAGACCCUCGGAGCUCCGAACGCCCAGACAAACCGGGGGAAGACGAACGCAAACCGUUUCAUU